UGUUCAAAGUUACAAAAUUGCAUUUGACACCCCAUUUUUUGCAACUGCCUGGAGUUGUUCUCAAUUCAGUUCUAUUCAUUGUCUCCAAUCUUAAAUGGAAGAGUUUGUGUUCUUCAACAUCCAGAUUGAAGGUCGGGAACUGUUGAUUAAUGCUGCGAAUAAUACCACACUUGCCGGUUUCUCAGAGAAAACCAUUUCCAAAAGCGAAUUGGUUGAGGUUAGCCGGUACCACGACAGGUCUACCAAUGUCCAUCUCCGUUGGAAUUUUGAGUAUUUACUUCGAGGGAAGGUUCAUCCGUUGCUUGUUCCCUGAUGAUCUGAAGAAAAACGCUGAAAUCGAGCGGAAAGGGACACAUUCAAUUUGUUCUCCCAGCUUCAUCGGGAGAAGUGGUUUCGGAUGCUUUGGCUGGUUGCAAUCCAAUUGUGCCAGCUUGAUUGGGAGAAGGUAA